UGCGAACUUCGUGCGCACAUGUGGAAAAAGUUCACCGAGUCCAAGCUCGCGGUCGGGCUCGUCUUCUUGAUCCUCUCGAGGACCGUCGACCGCGUCUACUACACGCGCAUCACGUACGAGUACAAUGAUUUUUUGUGGUAUUUUGCCAACAUCAUUUGCCCGAUCUCGUACAUUGUCACGUCGUGGCCCGUCGUGUGGUACAAGAUGUGGUUUACGGACGAAAUCACGCCCGAAAUGCGCGCGUUCCCGCACUACAAGUUCAUCAUCAUGGGUCUCUUUGACACGCUCUACAACCUCCUCUCGUCCUUUCCGACGCCGCACAUUGGCGGCAACCUCGCCAAUGCACUCAACCAGCUCAACCUGCCGUUCAACAUGGUGCUCUCGUUCAUCUUCCUCGCCACGCGCUACAAGAAGAUGCACAUCCUCGGCGCUGUCCUCGUCUUGUACGGCGCCCUCGUGUGCAUGAUCCCCGUCUUCCAAGGCCAAGCCGCGGCCAACAUGCCCGACCCGACCGCCGGCUGGAUCCUGCUCUACAUUGUGAGCCUCCUUCCGGCCGCGGGCUCCAACGUCUACAAGGAAAUUGGCUUGAAGGACGUCGAUUUGGACAUCUGGUACACGAACGCGUGGGUCAGCUUCUACCAAGUGGGCUGGGGGCUUCUCACGAUCUGGACGAUCCGCUUUGAUGCGUUCUGCGACCCGCCCGUGGAAUGGCAGGACUUUCCGCACUACGUGGGGCAGGCGCACGAGUGCUUCUUGGGCAACCCCGCCGAGUUUGGCGGCAAGACGAUCGCGUGCGACCAAGGCGUCUUUGGCACGUUCCUUCUCUACAUCUUCUUCAACGUCGUCUACAACCAGUUGAUGUUGUACAUCUUCAAGGAAGGCAGCAGCGUCCUCUUUGUCGUCUCGUCCGCGGUCUGCCUCCCGCUCACGGACAUUCUGUACAUGGUGCCGUUCCUCGCGGGGCCCCAAGCAACGCAGUCGUUUACGAUCUUUGACGGUUUUGCGCUCUUCAUCCUCAUCAUCGGCAUGCUCAUCUACCACUCGGAGAAGGAAGAGCGCGUCGACACGACCGACGGCAAGCUCCUCGCCAAGUCGCCCAUGUUCUCGUCGCCCAGCAUGCGCCAAGCACAAAUCAUGCGCGGCAAGCGCACCGGCACCUACCGCCAAAUCCCAGCCUUCAAGAAGAAGCUCGCGUCACCGCACCGGUCCAAACACAUGGGCAUCGCCAAAUUCGUGUCCGAGUCCAAGCUCGGCAUUGCGCUUCUCGUGCUCGUGCUCACGCGCUGCGUGGACCGCGUCUACAACACGCGCAUCACGUAUGAAUUUGUCCAAUUCCUGUGGUACUAUUCCAACAUUAUCAACCCGAUCGCAUUCCUCUUUUUCGCGUGGCCCGUCGUGUGGUACAAGCUGCGCUACACAAACGAUAUUUCGCCGGAAAUGAAGGCGUUCCCACACUACAAGUUUGCGAUCAUGGCCUUUCUCGACAUGUCGGCCAACCUCCUGUCGACUGUGCCGACGCCGCACAUUGGCGGGAACCUCAGCAACGUGCUUGGCCAAGUCAACCUUCCGUUCACGAUGAUCCUCUCGCACCUCUUCCUCAAGACGUCGUACAAGAAGGCGCACAUCAUGGGCGCCACCAUGGUGCUCUACGGCGCGCUCGUGUGUAUGAUUCCCAUCUUCCGCGGCGAAGUGGCUUUGAACUCGCCCGACCCGAGCGUCGGCUGGAUCCUCCUUUUCGUGUUUUCGUGCGUCCCCAACGCGGGUGCCAACGUGUACAAGGAAAUUGGUCUCAAGGACGUCGACCUUGACGUGUGGUACGCCAACGCGUGGGUCAGCACGUACCAGCUCCUCUGGGGCGUCGCGACCAUGUGGACGAUCCGCAUCCAAGCCUUCUCCAACCCGACGGUCGAGUGGGCGGACUUCCCGAGCUACGUGGAAGCCGCGCACAACUGCUUCUUUGGCAACGAGGUCACGUUCAACGGCGUCACGUCAACGUGUGACGGCAGCAUCUUUACCAUUUACGUCCAGUACAUCGUCUUCAACAUUGCCUUCAACAUGUUGAUGAUGUACAUCUUCAAGGAAGGCAGCAGCGUCCUCUUUGUCUUCUCGUCCGCGGUCUGCCUCCCGCUCACGGACCUUCUGUACAUGGUGCCGUUGCUCGCGGGGCCCCGUGCGUCGCAGACGUUUACGAUCUUUGAUGGGUUUGCACUCUUCAUCAUUGUCAUGGGCAUGCUCGUGUACCAUUCCGAGAAGGAAAUUCGCGGCACGGGCAACGACCGCGUCACCAAGUCGCCCAUGUAUGCGUCGCCGAGCGUCCAGAAGCUCAAGAGCAACCUCCAGCACAAGCGCGGGAUCAAGCAAACCAAGCAGCGGUCCUACUCGGGUGGCAACUACGGCGCGAUCGCGCAGGACGCUCAUGUCUAAGGUCCUUUGCGACCAAAGGAAUAUACCAUUCUGGUCACAUCCGCGCCAAACCAC